CAAGAUGAGCUUCUUCGCAAGUUUCGUACUAUUGCUUUUGGGUGUUAGCAUUGCACACGGUGGUGUGUUGAGCCGUGUUGCUGAUGGAGCUGAUGCCAGUCGGGGUCAGUUCCCGUACCAAGUGGCGUUAACCAUGAAGCGCCAAACAUUGUGCGGAGGCGUUAUGGUACACGAACGAUUCUUCCUUACCGCUGCCCAUUGCUUCUUCAGUGACGGUGAACCACUACCUGUGGAGCAGCUGAACGUGUUCUAUGGAUCUGAAAAACUGUUCUCCAAUGGCAGAUAUAAUCGCAUCAAAACAGUUCACUUUCACGAUCAGUAUGAUCAUGGCGUCAAGUACGAUCUCGCUGUUGUGGAGGUGAGACGUAAGUUUGACUUUUCGCACACCUCCCGCCCGGUUGCAUUUGGGCAGGAAACGUUCGGCGAAAACUUACUGGCCACCGUCACUGGCUACGGGCGCAGUACAGUGGAAGGUAAUAUGGCGUUCCAGCUGAAAUAUGCCCAGCUAACCUCCAUGCCGGCUGAACAAUGCCGAGAGGCGAUGGGAGAUGAGUACUACGAAGGUGUCUUCUGUCUCGAUACGAGUGCCGGUGUUGGAUUCUGUUUGGGUGAUUACGGUGGUCCGGCCGUGUUUGAGGAUCAACUUGUCGGCGUUGGAAGCUUCACCGUUGGGGACAAGUGUGAAACAGGCCAGCCAGACGUGUUCGUCGACGUCGGGUACUUCAGCGAAUGGGUUCAGUCGGUACUCGAGGCAGAGCCAGCGGAACAGUGAUUCACUGAUGUUGAUAACCGUUUAUUCAUGUGUUUGCUCUUAUCAUGGACGCAACCUAACAUUAUAAUCU